AACGUGACUGCACUGCUAAUCAAUAAGUGAGCUGACUAAUGUCAGAAUAAUGUGUGAGGCAUGAAGGGAGCCUGGUUUCAGUCCUGAGAAGAGUGCCUCAAUAGCCAGCUGGAGCGGGUCUGAGAAGCUUGUCACGGCUCUGCAAUGAGCAGACAGCUAUUGCAAAGCAGGAUGCAGCAGGAAUAUCGGAAUGUUUGCGUCCUUCUGCCCAACAGAGAGCAACUCAGUGUAACAAUCGGGGUAAAAGCCACCGGACAGGAGCUCUUCCAGCAAGUUUGUGACUUAGUGAAGAUUAAAGACCCUCACUUCUUUGGCCUCAGUGUUGUUAAAAACAAUGAAUAUGUAUUUAUGGACCUGGAGCAGAAGCUUAGCAAAUACUUUUCGAAGGAAUGGAAGAAAGAGACGAGCAAAGGGACAGAGAAGUUCAUCCCUCCUUUUGUUGCCUUCUUCAGAGUACAGUACUACGUAGAAAAUGGAAGGGCCAUAAGUGACAUGGCAGCACGGCACCUGUACUACUGUCAUCUCAAGGAGCAGGUGUUGCGGUCUCGGUGCCUCCACAAAGAAGAAAUCUACUUCCUGCUGGCUGCGUACGGUUUACAGGCUGACUUGGGCAACUAUACAGAGAAUGUCCAUGUUGGGAAAUAUUUUGAACCUCAAGCCUAUUUCCCACAAUGGAUAAUUGCAAAGAGGGGGAGUGACUAUAUCUUGAAGCAUGCUCCAGAGAUGCACCAAGAACAGCAAAGUCUGACCGCUAAAGAUGCAAUCCUGAAGUUCAUUAAGGAGUCCUGUUUGUUGGAAGAUGUACCUGUCCAUUAUUACAGAUUACACAAGGAUAAGAAGGAAGAUCUCCCAACAGUGGUCCUGGGCCUCACCCUUAAAGGAAUUCACAUCUAUCAGGAGGUGAACCACGUCAGCCAGCUGCUUUACGACUUUCCCUGGUCGCACAUUGGGAAACUUGCGUUUCUGGGGAAAAAAUUUGAGAUCCAGCCAGACGGUUUGCCUUCUGCCCGGAAGUUGGUGUACUAUACUGGUUGCGCUUUCCGGUCACGACACUUGCUGCAGCUCCUGAGCAACAGCCACCGACUCUUUCUGAACAUCCAGCCGGUGCUGAAGCAGAUCCGAAAGCUGGAGGAGGCUGAAGAGAAGAAGCGUUAUCGGGAAUCCUAUAUCAGUGACACUCUGGAGAUGGACCUUGACCCCUCAGAUAAGCACUCCCACGGCAGUGGAAGCAGUGGGGGCAGCCAGAGGAACAAUCGUCUGUCUCGUCAAUCAACUGGGAGCCAUGGCAGCUCACACACAUCUGGCAUUGAGGCUGAUUCGAGGCACAGGAUGUCAGUGGAAAUGUCAGUGGAUGAGCCCUUCGGUAUUGAUCGGGUUCAUCGGAAGGAGAAAUCAUGCAGCUCGACUGUUAGCUAUGGCAGCUCUGGCAUUGACAGUGGUGGCAAAGGGAGAGCUGAAGAUGACUCUCAGGAUGAUGAGGUUGAACUGGCAGUGGAUGAGCCAGAGGAGGUGCCUGUGGAUGAGCCUAUAGAGAGAAACCGGUUGGAGGAGGCAGCUGAAGGAGAGUCUGUCAGUCCUCUUGCUUUAGAUGCACUUUGCUGUCAAGCCCUUAAGCAGAAGCCUGUCUCUGUGGUACAAGUCACACUGAUAAAAAUGAGAGGCCAAAGUGUGGAAUCUCUUCAUCAGCAGGUGAGACAGCCUAAAGACAGGAGCUGCGUAGACCAACACAGCCAGAGUUUGGAUGACAUCCGUCUUUACAAGCAUCGGCAUCCACCGCUAAGCUCCACGUUAUCUUCGGACACCUCCCACAGCUAUACGUUUGGCUGUGCACUGGAGGAUAAGCUGGCCAACUACGGCUGUGUUUAUUCAACAGCGGACUGCAAAACCAAGUCCGCCCUCUAUGGAAAGAGAUCCAUGAACUGCCUGUCUCUGGAUCUCUUGGGAGAAGACCAGCUGCCAGAGGAGUUUGUGGUGUAGCCAGGUUGGCACGGUCCUAACCAAGGAGACGGCUCAUUGGGGAAAUAAAAGCUACUAUAUAUACCUCAUCAAUGCCCGAUACAUUGCUUUUGAUCUCAGAGGUGAUUAGUAAAUGACUUUUUUGUACCCUAUUAAGGGAUGUAUAAGUAGUGUCACAACCCAACAAACCUGACAAAAGUGCAAGUUUAUUUAUUACAGGGCAGCACUUUAAUUAAAAAGAAAAAUACUGGCAUUGGAAUAUCUGUCCUCUACCCAGCGCACCGUUAAAGUGGACUGCUCCAAUAGAAUAGACAAUUUUUUUUGUUUAAAAUACCAGUGGGCAGUUGGCCCAAAACACCUAAUAAGCUAAUAGCACAGAGAGCACAUCUGAAUUGACUUACCUGAAAGGAACUACAGAUUCCACAUUGGGGUUGUUUUUUUUUAAACCACCUAGUUCCUGACCUUUUGUGCCCAUAAUGUUACACUAAUCUAGUGUGUUGGUCCCCUUGAAUUUACUCUACUGAGGCACUGCUGUCAACUAUCACUUUUCUCCUAGAACAUAUCUCAGCCUAUCAGCAAUGGAGAUGGACUUUCUGCAGCUCUGUAAUAUCUAUAACUGUACUGCUCCCUUUGAAAUCAAUGGAAGCUUCGCUGUUGGCUUCACUAGAAGCAGGUUCUGCCCCGUUGUGGGUUUGUUUCUAGGUUCCAUCCCCUACCAAGCCAAAAACAUACCAGCAAUUGUACUGCUGGUUUUUUAAACUGUGUUUUUGAGCAACGAAGUGGGAACCGCUGGCCACUAACUAUUGCCACAAACCUCCACUAUUGAUCCCUAGAUACAGUCUUCAUCCUUGUUGUUGUUUGUUUGGAAAAUAACAGGAUGACUCAGCUCCUUCCAGCAGUUUGGAUUUUGAGGAAGUCAUGACGAAAGUGCUAAUUGAUUGGCUUUUCAGGAAAGAAGUGUGACUGGAGAAGUUGUCCAAGUAUGAUCGCUUCUACUUGAAUCAGAGCGCUUUUUAAAAAAACAACUAAAUUCCAUAUGAAUUCACCCUCUGAACUUUGGAGGCCAAACAUGUAGAGAAUAGAUUUCAGGGGAUGGCUAGAGUAGUUAUUAGGGAUGAUGCCCGGUUUUGGUUUUGAUUGGAGCAUUCAACUGGUGAAGGAUGAGGCUGAAAGGCACCUGAUAUAUAUUUGUGGUGGCUUCUAUGUCAAAGGUAGUGGGGUGUGGGUUUGGUUUUUUUGAGUGCUAUGGAACUGUGCCAGUGUUCUGUGAAAGGAUACAUGCACUGGUACUAUUUGAUAAAAAGUGCUCCUAUUAAGUCUGGAGAGGAGAUGCUUUCUGCCUUCGUUCACAGCAGUGAUGCUAUGUUUUCCCCUUUUUUCCCCACCUGCAGUACUUAGGGGAAAAGGGAGCGACACAACCACCUAUACCCCCAUGGCCAGGUUGCUUCCUGGCGAAUGGAGAGAAGUGAUGUAACGAAUCAAUGUUCCAUACAUCCCCUCAGCAAAGAAUCAUUAUUUUAGAAAAUAAAGCACAAGGAAUGCAAAAUGUCAUCUUGCAGUAUCAAUCUUGCUGCACUAAGGAGUUGAAAACAGUUGAAUCCCAUGUAAGCUGCAGUCAGACCACAGCUAAAAUCAUCAUUGCAGUUUUGAAAGUCAGUUUGCUGGGCCUUUGAAGAGGAAGAUACUCA